AUUGCGCCCUGCGUCUACUUCUGCGAUGUGAAAACACACUGACAGCGUUAUGAAGCCGAGUGACUUCUAGUGUACAAGAUACACGGCAAAAAAAAAGAAGAAUAUUUUUGAAAAAAUAAGAACGUCCUUAUAAUUUUGGUCUCCCGGUCAGCGUUUGAUCGACACAGCGGCCACGAUGGUGAAAGAGCAGUUCAGAGAAACAGACGUGGCCAAAAAAAUAAGUCACAUAUGCUUUGGGAUGAAAUCUGCCGAGCAGAUGCGCCAGCAGGCACACAUUCAGGUGGUCAGUAAGAAUCUGUACAGCCAGGACACUAAGCACUCUCCUUUGCCCUAUGGAGUACUGGACCAUCGGAUGGGCACCAGUGAGAAAGAUCGGCCAUGCGAGACAUGUGGCAAGAAUCUGGCAGAUUGUUUGGGACAUUAUGGCUACUUGGACCUGGAGCUGCCAUGUUUCCAUGUUGGCUACUUCAAAGCCAUCAUUGGAAUUCUGCAGAUGAUCUGCAAGACCUGCUCCCAUAUAAUGCUGACAAAAGAGGAGAAACUCCAGUUCAUUGAUUACUUGAAAAGGCCCAACCUGGCCUAUCUCCAGAAGCGAGGCUUGAAGAAGAAGAUCUCUGACAAAUGCCGCAAAAGGACAAUCUGUCUAAAUUGCUCAGCUUUUAGUGGACCUGUGAAAAAGUGUGGCCUGCUAAAGAUCAUCCACGAGAAGUAUAAGACGACCAAGAAGGUGGUGGAUCCUAUCGUGUCAGAAUUUCUCCAGUCCUUUGACAUCGCCAUAGAGCACAACAAAGAAGUGGAGUCUUUGCUCACCAGGGCACAGGAGAACCUGAACCCUCUGAUAGUCCUCAACAUGUUCAAGAGGAUCCCCGCUGAGGACAUCCCCUUGCUGCUGAUGAACCCGGAGGCCGGGAAGCCUGCCGACCUCAUCCUCACCCGUCUGCUAGUGCCCCCGCUGUGCAUACGGCCCUCCGUGGUCAGCGACCUCAAGUCGGGCACCAACGAGGACGACCUCACCAUGAAGCUCACUGAGAUAAUUUUCCUCAAUGACGUCAUCAAGAAGCAUCGUAUGACUGGAGCCAAGACUCAGAUGAUCAUGGAGGACUGGGACUUCCUCCAGCUACAGUGCGCCCUCUACAUCAACAGUGAGCUCUCCGGCAUCCCACUGAACAUGGCCCCUAAGAAAUGGACCCGAGGCUUUGUCCAGAGACUCAAGGGAAAGCAAGGGAGAUUCCGUGGAAAUCUCUCUGGCAAGAGAGUGGAUUUCUCCGGCAGAACUGUCAUCUCUCCUGACCCAAACCUGAGGAUUGACGAGGUGGCCGUCCCAGUGCACGUGGCCAAAAUCCUGACAUACCCAGAGAAGGUGAACAAAGCCAAUCUGGAACUUAUGAGGAAGCUGGUCCGUAACGGCCCUGAUGUACAUCCCGGAGCCAACUUCAUUAAGUAUCGCCACUCACAGAUGAAAAGGUUUUUGAAAUAUGGCAACCGUGAGAAGAUGGCCCAGGAGCUGAAGUUUGGUGACAUGGUAGAGAGGCACCUGAUCGACGGAGACAUUGUCCUCUUCAACCGGCAGCCCUCCCUGCACAAACUCAGCAUCAUGGCCCACAUUGCCAGAGUCAAACCGCACAGGACGUUCCGUUUUAACGAGUGUGUGUGCACGCCAUACAACGCUGACUUUGACGGUGACGAGAUGAACCUCCACCUGCCUCAGACCGAAGAGGCCAAGGCUGAGGCCCUUGUCCUGAUGGGUACAAAAGCCAAUCUUGUGACCCCAAGAAAUGGCGAGCCUCUUAUUGCUGCUAUUCAGGACUUUCUGACAGGAGCCUACCUGCUGACACUCAAGGACACCUUCUUUGACAGAUCUAAAGCCUGUCAGAUUGUUGCAUCCAUCCUGGUGGGAAAAGAUGAAAAAAUCAAGAUUGCUCUCCCUCACCCAGCGAUUAUCAAGCCUAUGGCUCUUUGGACAGGCAAGCAGAUCUUCAGCCUCAUCCUCAAGCCUAGUAAAGAGUGCCCAGUCAAAGCCAACCUGCGCACCAAGGGCAAACAAUACUCCGGCAAGGGAGAGGACCUCUGCAACAACGACUCAUUUGUGGUGAUCCAGAACAGUGAGCUGAUGUGUGGCAGCAUGGACAAGGGCACCCUGGGAUCCGGCUCAAAGAAAAACAUCUUCUACAUUCUGCUGAGGGACUGGGGACAGCUGGAGGCCGCCAAUGCCAUGUCCCGCCUGGCAAGACUCGCCCCCGUAUAUCUCUCAAAUCGGGGCUUCUCCAUUGGCAUCGGUGAUGUGACGCCGGGUCAGGGGCUGCUGAAGGCCAAGCAAGACCUGCUGGACGACGGUUACAGGAAGUGUGACGAGUACAUCGAGGCUCUGAAGACCGGCAAGCUGCAGCAGCAGCCGGGUUGCACCGCGGAGGAGACACUAGAGGCCCUCAUCUUGAGAGAGCUGUCCGUCAUUAGAGACCACGCUGGCAGCGCUUGCCUCAGAGAGCUUGACAAGAGCAACAGCCCUCUUAUCAUGGCCCUUUGUGGCUCCAAAGGAUCCUUCAUCAAUAUCUCCCAGAUGAUCGCCUGUGUGGGUCAGCAGGCUAUAAGUGGCUCUCGGGUGCCUGAUGGCUUUGAGAAUCGCUCUCUCCCACAUUUUGAAAAACACUCAAAACUGCCCGCUGCAAAGGGCUUCGUGGCCGACAGCUUCUACUCUGGCCUGACGCCCACCGAAUUCUUCUUCCACACCAUGGCUGGUCGCGAGGGUCUGGUGGACACGGCUGUGAAAACUGCUGAGACUGGAUACAUGCAGAGGCGUUUGGUGAAGUCCUUGGAGGACCUGUGCUCACAGUACGAUCUGACCGUGCGGAGCUCCACCGGGGACAUCAUCCAGUUCAUCUACGGUGGUGACGGCUUAGACCCCGCUGCCAUGGAGGGCAAGGAUGAACCACUAGAGUUCAAGAGAGUCCUGGACAACAUCCGGGCUGUUUACACAUGUCCAGACCAGCCUGCCCUUAGCAAGAAUGAACUGGUCCUCACCUCAGAAUCAAUCAUGAAAAGAUCUGAUUUCCUAUGUUGCAGAGACAGCUUCUUGGAGGAGAUAAGGAAGUUCAUCAAGAGUAUGUCAGAGAGGAUCAAGAAGACCAGAGACAAAUAUGGCAUCAAUGACAACGGCACCACAGAGCCAAAGGUUCUCUAUCAGCUUGACCGAAUUACACCCACGCAGCUGGAGAAGUUUCUAGAAAUGUGCAGGGACAAGUAUAUGAGAGCUCAGAUGGAGCCGGGCUCUGCAGUAGGGGCCCUCUGUGCCCAAAGCAUUGGGGAGCCUGGCACUCAGAUGACACUGAAAACCUUCCACUUUGCUGGUGUAGCAUCCAUGAAUAUCACCCUGGGGGUGCCUCGCAUCAAGGAGAUUAUCAAUGCGUCCAAGAACAUCAGCACCCCUAUAAUCAGCGCCCAUCUGGAUGUAGAUGAUGAUGCUGAUUUUGCUCGGCUGGUAAAGGGAAGGAUCGAGAAAACACUCCUAGGAGAGAUCUCUGAGUAUAUAGAGGAAGUAUUUCUACCGGAUGACUGUUUCAUUCUAGUCAAACUCUCCCUGGAAAGAAUAAGACUGCUUCGAUUGGAGGUGAAUGCAGAAACGGUGCGUUACUCAAUCUGCAUGUCCAAACUGCGCGUGAAGCCGGGAGACAUUGCCGUGCAUGGCGAGGCUGUGGUCUGCGUCUGUCCUCGUGAGAACAGCAAAAGCUCCAUGUAUUAUGUACUGCAGUCUCUAAAGGAAGACCUUCCCAAGGUGGUUGUUCAAGGAAUCCCUGAAGUUGCCCGAGCUGUGAUUCACAUUGACGAACAGAGUGGAAAGAACAAGUACAAAUUACUGGUGGAGGGGGAUAACUUGAGAGCCGUCAUGGCAACCCAUGGGGUAAAUGGCAGCAGGACCACUUCAAACAAUACUUACGAGGUGGAGAGGACCUUGGGAAUUGAAGCGGCCAGGUCUACUAUCAUCCAUGAGAUUCAGUACACCAUGGUAAACCAUGGGAUGAGCAUUGACCGACGUCACGUUAUGCUUCUUGCAGAUCUCAUGUCCUACAAGGGGGAGAUUCUUGGGAUCACCAGAUUUGGCUUGGCCAAGAUGAAGGAAAGUGUGCUAAUGCUGGCAUCCUUCGAGAAAACUGCUGAUCAUCUCUUUGAUGCUGCUUAUUUUGGACAAAAGGACUCAGUCUGUGGUGUGUCUGAGUGCAUCAUUAUGGGUAUCCCAAUGAACAUUGGCACAGGACUGUUCAAACUGCUGCAUAAAGCAGACAAGGAUCCAUCUCCACCCAAGAGACCUCUUCUCUUCGACAAUUCAGACUUUCACAUUCCUCUGAUCACGUAGCAUUGCAGAGAGAGUCAGCUUUUUCCCCCUCAGCCUUAAUCUAUACUGUAGCUGCCUGAGACAAAGUUUCACCUUGAACAUUUUUUUGCCAGAUGACGGACAUCUUGGGCAUCAAUUAGGUGGUUUGUUGGUGCCCUGGACUUUUAUUUAUUUGAUUUCUUUUCAAGCUUAUCCUCCAGUGAAGCCCGUUGUCCAUUGACUCCUUAAAACUACCCAAUUUUGUUCAUGCAUAAGUGCCUCCUAAAAUGUCAGACAUUUUCCCAUUUGGAGGUAGAAAACAACAUUGGAAGCCCCUGAUGUAUUUUUAGUUUGUAUUUCUGGUUUCAGAAGUAGUUUUUUUUAUCUCUUACAAAGCAAACUGCUUAGUAUGCAGAUUUUCGUAAUAAUUUGAAUUUAAAUGCGGCCAAAUCUGAGUAAACUACAAAGUUUUAUUUCCUCAAAGUAACAGUGUUGAAUGCUGUGUGGCAUGUCUUUGACUAAAUUUUGUUUGGUUUUAUGAAUAUUUAUGACACAUCCUGUCUGUGUUUAUGCUUGAGCCUACUCUACAAAGAUGUCCCCCCCGCCCAGUAAUUGUAGACAAUUCAGAUCUUUGUGUCUGAAAUCUUUUGAGUCCCACACAGUUUAUCCACAGCUCUCUCUCAACAUGUAUGGAAGGAAGCUCGACUUUUUUAUCCAUGUCUGUAUAUAUGUUAACCUGUGAAUAAAUGAUUUAA